AUCAACACUGCGUCGAUCAAUAAUGUGUUCUCCCUACCCCCAGGGUUUGAACAGAACUCCCUCAUUUCUAGUCUGGCUCCUGCCAUCAUGAAGACUCUUUUGAUUUUGUUUAUUUUAAUGAAUCUGGACAAAGGGUACUGCACGGAGACACGUGAUCAGGUUCUAUCAAUCAGCCCAACAACACAGGAACAAGUGGACAUCUUGAAGAAUGUGUCCACCCAAUAUGAGACGGCCUUAUGGCAGCCUGUUUCACCUCAUUACAUCAAAGAAGAGACGCAAGUCCACCUGUUUGUUCCUGCAAACAGCUCAGAGACGGUCACGGAUCUUCUACAGAAACACGCCAUAACACAUGAGGUUUUACUGGCCAACGCCAACGAGUUGAUUGAAAUGCAGACAAAGAACGACUCCACAGACCCACGAAGCAGUUCCACUUUCUACGAGAGAUACCACAGCCUGGAGGACAUCUAUUAUUGGAUUAACAGGACCGCUCAGGACAACCCCGACAAGGUCAAAGCCAUUCUCAUCGGCUCCUCGUAUGAAAAGCGGCCACUUUAUGCUCUGAAGUUGACUCUAAAUAACAGACCGAAUAAGAAAGCGAUAUGGAUCGACUGUGGGAUCCACGCCAGAGAGUGGAUUUCUCCGGCUUUCUGCUUAUGGUUCGUACACUAUUCUUUGUCAUUUUACAAGCAAAACCAGGACAUUGCUAACAUACUGGACAACAUGGACGUCUACGUCCUGCCUGUCAUGAACCCUGAUGGAUACAAGUACACGUGGACAACGAACAGGAUGUGGAGGAAGAACCGCUCCAUCAGCAGGAGCAGCGCUUGCACUGGUGUUGACCUCAACAGAAACUUUGACGCCAACUGGUGCACUGAGGGGGCCUCUCACGAGCCCUGCACUGAGAUCUACUGCGGUGCCUUCCCCGAGUCGGAGCCAGAGUCGGAGGCCGUGGCCAACUUCCUGCGCCUUCACAAGGAUACGGUUCAGCUUUACCUCAGCAUCCACUCCUACUCUCAGAUGCUGCUCUUCCCUUACUCCUGCACCUUGGAUGAAGCAGAGAACCACAACGACUUGCUUGAGAUGGUUCAAGAAGCUGCCCAGAAAAUCAGACGAUAUUAUAGUAACACCUAUAAAUAUGGUCCUGGAGCCAAGACAAUAUACCUGGCUCCCGGUGGCUCUGACGACUGGGCGUACAACCUAGGCAUCAAAUACUCCUUCACAUUUGAGCUGCAGGACCGCGGGCAUUACGGAUUCCUUCUGCCGCCAUCUCACAUUGCCAAGGCCUGCAAUGAAGCUCUGCUUGCUGUGAAGACCAUUGCUAACAAGGUCAUAGAGAAAACGCAAGCUCCAAUGGGUUCUCCUCCAGCUGCCUAGGCAGCUACUUCUGGGUGGAAGUUCAAAAUGUCAAGCCAUUUUUCUCUGAAUGAUACCUACAGUUUUUUUAAGUAUCGCUUAAAGGUCAGCUUGCCUCAUUAUUCGUAUUAUUCAUGUUUUCUUUGUUGUUUUUUUGCUAGAAGGAAUUAUUCGUUAUAACAUUCCUCUAAUAUAUAUUGCGUGUGUCUGUUUUUUCAGAGAUUCUUUUUGAGUAUCUCCAUACACAUAUGCAUGUAAAUGGGGCAGAAGGCGAUUGAUCAAGAAGGAUUGGAUUGUGGAUAUGAAAUCUAGGAAAAAGAAUAAACUGAGCGAAGUUAUUGAUUUGAAUGACUGUAUUUGUGGCGAGUGUAUAGUGGCGGGCCUCUGCAAUUAACACAAAUAUUUAAAAUGAAUAAAUACAUUAAACUGUAAA